AUGGACACGUGUCAAAAUCUGACGGCAGUUCUCAAAGCAACCGGGCAAUUUCCAUGGAAACAGAGACCAAGUCAUGUCUUUUUGGUUCUUCUCCUCUGUUUUGCAAGAGAGAAUAACUUGAAAAAGGUUUCUCAACAAAAAGCCUUCAUGAGCAAUAUAAAGCUAGGCGUUGAAGUCAUAAGCGCACAUGGUCUGUUCCACAGAGACAAGCAAAACUCAUGUAGCCCUUUCGUGGAGCUCAAGUUCGACAACCAGAUAUUCCGCACAACCACAAAACCUAACGACCCAAACCCGGUCUGGCACGAGUGUUUCUACUUCCUUGUCUCAGAUCCUUCCGUCCUGUCCACCCGUACACUCGAAGCCCAUGUCUACAGCUACCAGAACGAAUCCGAAGCUAAGCCCUUUCUUGGCAAAGUCCGAGUCAAUGGAACAUCCUUUGUUCCUCGCUCCGAAGCAACUCCUUUCAACUACCCUCUAGAGAAACGCAGCGUUUUCUCUCGAGCUCGUGGAGAGCUUGGCUUGCGAGUCUUCAUCACAGACGACGACCCUUCUCUUUCACCUUCUCUCCCAACCCCAAUCCCUGUUCCAGAAUCUCCUCGAGCUUACAUCCCAAGCCCACGUCAAGAGCCUGUGAAGUCUGAUGCGAACAUGGUCGUCUCUAAUGAGAGAACAGAGCCAAGAACAGAGCCUAAGCCUAAAUCACGCACGUUCUAUAACGUUUCUCCUUCAGUGAACCAACAGCCGCCGCCGCCGCCGAUGAUGAACUAUAGCGCUCACGAGAUGAGAGCUGCGCCGAUGCCUCCACGUGUUGUUCAAGUCAACGCGCCAGGUCCGUCCUCGCACCAGCUUCCACCGGACUUCUCAGUUAAAGAGACGAGUCCUUUCCUCGGAGGCGGACAGAUCAUCGGAGGAAGAGUAGUUCGUGGUGCAAAGAGGCCGGCAAGCGGCACGUAUGAUCUCGUCGAAGAGAUGAGGUUUCUCUACGUGAGAGUCGUGAAGGCGCGUGAUCUUCCAACAAAAGACCUUACCGGAAGCUUAGACCCUUACGUCGAAGUGAAAAUCGGAAACUUCAAAGGCGUCACAACACAUUUCAACAAGAAUUCGGAUCCGGAGUGGAACCAAGUCUUUGCCUUUGCUAUAGAGAAUCUUCAGUCCAACAUUCUUCAAGUUGUGGUCAAGGAUAAAGACAUAGUCCUUGACGAUUUCGUCGGGAUUGUUCGGUUCGAUCUCCAUGAGGUUCGGUCUCGUGUUCCUCCGGAUAGUCCCUUAGCUCCAGAAUGGUAUAGAUUGGAGAACAAGAAAGGGGAGAAGAAGAAGUCGGAGGUCAUGCUUGCUGUUUGGGAAGGAACACAAGCUGAUGAAGCUUUCGGAGAUGCAAUCUUCUCUGAUUCCUUGCCUUCUUCAGAGAGCUCCAUCUCCAACAUCAUAUCCGCUAACCUGCGCUCCAAGGUCUACCAUUCUCCAAGACUAUGGUACCUUAGGGUUAAGAUAAUAGAGGCUCAAGACGUGAUCAUCACGUCAGACAAAAGCCGUGUUCCCGAGGCCUUUGUGAGGAUCCAGAUCGGUAAUCAAAUGUUGAAGACUAAACUCUCUCAGAGAAGCAUUCAUCCGAAAUGGAACCAAGAGUUCAUGUUUGUAGUCGCAGAGCCGUUUGAGGAACACAUGGUCAUCUCAGUGGAAGACCACUCUGCUCCUAACAGAGAUGAGCCUGUAGGCAAAGCUGUGUUUCCUCUCUCUUCGCUUGACAAACGUACAGACGAUAGAUCUUUUCGUAGCCGUUGGUUUCAUCUUGAAGACUCCAUCUCAGACGCAAUGGAUGCUGAUAAACUCAAGAAAGUGAAAUUCGCUACUAGGCUCCAUCUAGCUGCGGUUCUUGAAGGAGGCUACCAUGUAUUUGAUGAGUCUACUUACUACAGCAGCGAUCUCAGACCAACAGCUAAACCGCUCUGGAAAAAAGAGAUCGGAGUCUUGGAGCUCGGGAUACUCAACGCAAACGGGCUCCAUUCCAUGAAAUCCCGAGACGGGAAACCAACAGCGGACACGUACGUUGUAGCCAAGUAUGGUCACAAGUGGGUUCGAUCAAGAACAGUAAUCAACAGCUUGAGUCCAAAGUUCAACGAGCAGUACACGUGGGAGGUUUAUGACCCGGCAACGGUUUUAACCAUCUGCGUCUUCGACAACACUCAUUUCGAAGCUGGACAUAGCGGAAGCAACAAAGAUCAGACGAUUGGUAAAGUCCGUAUCAGACUCUCCACACUUCAGACGGGACGUGUCUACACACACGCUUACCCUUUGCUUGUUCUGCAAGCUUCUGGUCUCAAGAAAAGAGGAGAGCUUCACUUAGCCGUGAGAUUCACUUGCACUUCAGUCUCCGGUAUGCUGGUCAAAUACACAAAGCCUCUCUUGCCUAAAAUGCAUUACAUACAGCCUUUAUCGGUGAGCCUACAGGAAGUUCUUAGGGCUCAGGCUUUCAACAUCAUCGUGGCUCGUCUAGGCCGGUCAGAGCCGCCGCUUAGACGGGAAGUGGUUGAGUAUAUGACUGAUGCCAAGACUCAUCUGUUCAGCAUGAGGAGAAGCAAAGCCAACUUCUUUAGGUUCACGACGGUGUUCUCUGGUGUGAUGUCGGUUUGGAAAUGGAUGGGACAGGUGUGCACGUGGAGCACGCCGGUGACGACGGCUCUGGUCCACGUGCUGUACACGAUGCUUGUGCUGUUCCCGGAGAUGAUUUUGCCGACUGUGUUUCUGUAUAUGGCUGUGAUUGGCAUGUGGAGUUACAGGUUUAGGCCUAGGUUUCCUCCUCAUAUGGACACGAAGCUAUCUUACGCAGAGAGUGUGAAUGCUGAUGAGCUCGACGAAGAGUUUGAUAUCUUCCCCACCGUUAAAGCUCCGGACAUUGUUAAAAUGAGGUACGACCGGCUGAGAAUUGUGGCCGGUAAGAUACAGACGGUGGUCGGAGAAAUAGCAGCACAGGGAGAGAGAGUGCAAGCGCUGCUGAGCUGGCGUGACCCACGCGCCACCGCAAUUUUCAUUACCUUCUGUUUCAUCACUGCCAUGGCUCUCUACAUUACCCCUUUUAAACUUGUGGCUCUGCUCUCCGGUUACUACUUCAUGCGACACCCGAAGCUCCGUCACCGGAUCCCCUCCGCUCCUUUCAACUUCUUCCGACGACUUCCGGCCAUGACAGACUCUAUGCUGUGA